CGCGCUCAGCCGCAGCCCUCCCGGCCAGAGCGGCCGGGCGCGAUGCUCUUCUAGGCGGCCCGAGCCCUUGCGAGCGCGGCGGGCGGGCGUAGCAGCCCUCCCGUAGCGGAGCUGGGAGGGCGGGCAGGCGGCUCCCCAUGGCGAGCAGCCGGAGCAUCGAGCUGGAGCACUUCGAGGAGCGGGACAAGCGGCAGCAGCGCUCCGGGCCGCGGCGCGGAGGCUCCGGGUCCGGCGGCGGCGCGGGGCCGCGGGGCAACGGGCUGGUGCCCAGCCCGGCGCACAGCGCGCACUGCAGCCUCUACCGCACCCGCACCCUGCAGGCGCUCAGCUCCGAGAAGAAGGCGCGCAAAGCCCGCUUCUACCGCAACGGGGACAGGUACUUCAAGGGCUUGGUGUACGCCAUCUCCCCCGACCGCUUCCGCUCCUUCGACGCCCUCCUGGUGGAGCUCACCCGCUCCCUGUCGGACAAUGUGAACCUGCCCCAGGGCGUCCGCACCAUCUACACCAUCGAUGGCAGCAAGAAGCUCACCAGCCUGGACGAGCUGGUGGAAGGUGAGAGCUAUGUGUGUGCGUCCAAUGAACCGUACCGCAAGGUUGACUACACCAAGAACGUCAACCCGAACUGGUGCGUGAACAUAAGGACUGGCUCCAGCCGCUCCUUGACGUCUCUGACAUCCUCGAGGAGCGAGGUGAAGGAGAGCAAAGAUUUCAUUAAACCCAAACUGGUGACUGUUAUUAGGAGUGGGGUAAAGCCACGGAAAGCUGUGAGAAUUCUGCUGAACAAGAAGACUGCUCACUCCUUCGAGCAGGUCUUGAAUGACAUCACCGAAGCCAUUAAGUUAGACUCGGGUGUAGUCAAGAGACUUUGUACACUGGAUGGGAAGCAGGUAACGUGCCUGCAGGACUUCUUUGGCGAUGACGACGUGUUCAUCGCGUGCGGGCCGGAGAAGUACCGCUAUGCUCAGGAUGACUUCGUGCUGGAUCACAGCGAAUGCCGUGUCAUGAAGUCGUACUCCCGCUCCGCUGCCGUGAGGCACGCUGCAUCCAAAAGCCCAGCACCUUCCCGUCGGAGCAAAUCCCCUGCCUCAGUAAAGAGGGGUGGCCACUCCAGUGCUCAUUCUUCAGCAAAAUCCCCAGUUAAUGGAACCCCAAGCAGUCAGUUAUCCACCCCAAAAUCUACAAAGUCCUCCAGCUCUUCACCAACAAGCCCAGGCAGCUUUCGUGGACUCAAGAUCUCCCCACAUGGUGGAUCCUCUUCCAAUGUGAAUGGUGUUCCUGAGUCUCUCCGUUGCCAGAGUCCCGAAGGCUUGAAUGGAAACAAGUUCUCAGGGUCAUCUACCAUUCUUGAGAAGUAUAAAGUGGGGAAGGUGAUUGGUGAUGGCAAUUUCGCUGUUGUAAAGGAGUGUGUGGAACGAUCCACAGGGAAGGAGUUUGCCCUGAAGAUCAUAGACAAGGCCAAGUGCUGUGGGAAGGAGCACCUGAUUGAAAAUGAGGUGUCGAUUCUGCGCCGAGUGAAGCACCCCAACAUCAUCAUGCUCAUAGAGGAGAUGGACACCCCCUCAGAGCUCUACCUGGUGAUGGAGCUGGUCAAGGGAGGAGACCUAUUUGAUGCCAUCACUUCAUCUACAAAAUACACAGAGAGAGAUGGGAGUGCCAUGGUCUACAAUUUAGCCAGUGCUCUCAAAUAUCUGCAUGGCCUCAACAUUGUGCAUAGAGACAUCAAACCAGAAAAUCUUCUGGUGUGUGAAUAUUCAGAUGGAACCAAGUCUUUGAAACUUGGAGACUUUGGACUGGCGACGGUGGUGGAAGGCCCUUUGUACACGGUGUGUGGGACACCCACCUAUGUGGCUCCAGAAAUCAUUGCAGAGACAGGGUAUGGCUUAAAGGUGGAUAUUUGGGCUGCAGGUGUGAUCACUUACAUCCUGUUAUGUGGAUUUCCACCUUUUCGCAGUGAAAACAACCUUCAGGAAGACCUCUUUGAUCAGAUACUUGUGGGGAAGCUGGAAUUUCCCUCUCCCUACUGGGAUAACAUCACUGAUUCAGCAAAGGAGUUAAUCAGCCUGAUGCUACAUGUGAAUGCUGAAGCCCGGUACACAGCAGCACAGAUCCUAAGCCAUCCCUGGGUGUCAGAUGAUGCUUCCCAGGAGAAUAAUAUGCAAGCUGAAGUAACAGGUAAACUGAAGCAGCACUUUAAUAACACCCUACCCAAGCAAAAUAACACGUCUGCUGGGGUUUCUGUCAUCAUGAACACAGCUCUAGAUAAAGAGAGCCAGAUUUUCUGCAGCAAGCGCUGCCAGGACUCUGGCAGAGCUGGAGUGGAGAACAUUUCUGCAAUUGCUGCUGCAGCUGCUGCUCCUCGUGCGGCUGGGUCCCAGCCCCUCCUCCCUGCUGCUCCCGAGCCGCCUCCCCCCGAGCUCGCUGGGGAUCAGCCUGCUGCGUAGGACUGGGGAAAGCAAACCCACCCGAAGCUCCCCACACUCUGGCCACACUUCUCUUCAUUUCCCAUGACUGUUUUCAGUUUGUGAGCACCUCUCAUAGCAAGCCCCAGCCAGGUCUGAGCCUCUCUCUCGCAGGGGGUGAACGAACCACAUCUUGGGAAGAGCAGUAGGGGAAAGACUCCAGGAAUGUUAGGUGGUUUUUUAAGUUCUCCGUGUCAAUAAUUAACUCCAUUUCACACAGCCUUGGGCUCUAGAUAGACUAACUUAGGGUGUAGCUAACCAUAUUUUUAUAUGAGCAGUGAGGUGGGGAACAGUUAGCUGGCCUCACGUCCACCAGCAGGCCCUGUUCUGUUCUUCUGAUGGGAAUUUUCAGAAAAGUGGGAGAGGCAGACAAGGGAAGAAAAUUUCUAUUUGCCUUCUAUUCCAAUGCCUCUAUUUUUAGCCAAGUUUCUACUAAACUUGAAGAGGCAAAUUUUCACAAAGAAUUUUUUAGUGGACUAACUGUAAAAUAUCACGAGACAAACAUUUGAAGAUAGAAAGGGAAGGAUGGUUGUUUUCCAUCAAGUUUGUUAUCUGACUUGCAGGCAGGGUAGUGUUUAGAUAUAUGAAUUUAAAUAAAGUAACUUGGGAUGUAAACAUGAGCAGUGGAUGUUUAUUUGUUACAAAGACUGGAGUGAAGGAAGCCUUUUUGCUUUGCCAUUUUCUAUCCUAACCACAAGUGUCCCAUCCACACCUUUCUCCAGGGUCGGACUACCUGUUAGAUAAAAAUAAAAUAAAAUAAAAUAAAAUUACUUUGGGCCUGUGAAGGGAAAGCCUGCUGCAUGUUAUCCAAGCUAUGAUGAGCUGAGCAGCUCCUGAUUCUAGGACAUGCUGAUAGAGGAGCUGCCAUCAAUAGCCAUCAGAGGUUUGUCAGUGCUAUCCCCCUAUUCACCUGGUGCAGGCACUGGAAACCAGCAUUGGGAAGCAGCUCUCCUUAACCUGCAGUCACAAAAUAGGUGAGGUUUUCUCUUUACCAUAAUGCUUAGUUCAAUAGAGUAUGUAUUCAGCUUAAUCCUUUUCCUUUGCUCGUUCUUAUGAAUUGGUCAUAGUUCAUUUUUUCUCUUAGCUAUACUUUCUACUAGAAUUGUAAAAGAAAGACCUGCAAUAAACUUUCUUCAUUAAAAAAAAACAGAACACAAAAAGUCA